UGCGGGUCAUUGCUUUGCCUCUGUAAACAAAAUCAUGGGGUACACAAGUUGAGUUUUGUAACGCCCUCUAACCACGUUAAAACCCCAGCUUUAAUUCAGACGGAACCUGCUCUGUUUUCCGUGUUGAACCGGGAACGGACUCCCCCUCCGCUGGCAUGUUGCUGCUCCGGAGGGCGGCUCUCGGAGGCAGAGCUGUGGCCGCUUUACGCUGUCUGCCCGCCGGCCGCAGCACCUCCAGAAGCGCCGCCACCUACGUCCAGGGCCAGAGCCCCGAACCACGAAUCCGGGAGUACUUCUACUACAUCGACCACCAAGGACAGCUUUUCCUUGAUGACACGAAAGUGAAAAACUUUGUCACCUGCUUCAAAGACAAAAAAUUCCUCAUCUUCUUCUUCAGCCGGCUGCGGUCCAACCAGAGCGGCCGCUACGAAGAGGACUUCCCCUUCCUGUCUCUGUGUGGCCGCGAGAGGAACUUCCUGCGUUGCGACGACCGCCCCGUGGUCUUCACCCACCUGCUGGGGGGCGCCGCCGCCCCCCCGGAGCUGCUGUCCUACUGCGGCGGCGCCGAGAAGCUGGCGCUCGCCUUCCGCCCAGAGGCGCUGUACAUGCACCCCGACAGCGGGCGGGUCUACCACCCCUGCCCCGAGCGCUGGGGGGGGGUGGGCCUGGUCCGCUCUGCCCUGGCCAUCGAGCUCAGCCCUUUCUUUGUGUACCCAGCGGAGAGCGGCCAAUCGGAGCAACCGACGCACUUUAUCUGGGAAGGACAGAAGCACACGCUGACCAAUGAGCUGGCUGGAUGCUUCCCAACAGCAGAGGAGGCCAGCGGGCAGCAGGGAGAGCCGGGGUAACGUCCAGAGGGCUCACGUCCGCCUGUUAGUUCAAAUAUCUGGGCAAUGCCGUCAAAACCCCAUCGGCUCUUCACCGAUAAGACUCAGUCCUGGACAGAAAUUAGUAAUUAGUCUGUGUCUUUGUGGCGUUUAUGUUUGGGUCCCAGACGCGUUGACUUUAAUGGCAUCAUUAGCUCAGAGGAGAGUCAGCGUGUCGCAUGGAUAAGGUGACAAACCGGUAGAUUCAUCACAAAAAAAGGGUAAAAAACAAAUACAAACCAAUGUGUCUGGAUCGACAUCAAGGCCGAAAUGCUGUGACUCUAAGGACUGAUCCAGAGAAACAGGGUGCCCUGUCUCUGGAACCAGAAACAGUGAUGUAAAGGCAGACUUUUGUUGUUGUUAGUGAAUGAUGCAGAAAAGAAAACUGAAAAAAAUACUCAGGUUUGGGACUUCAGAUGGUUUAUUCUCAGAAAGGGGUGUCAGAUAAAGUAUUAAAACAGAUUACUAUUCAUAAUGGGAAAGAAAGAUUAAUUAAAUAUUAUGAUAAGGUUUCAAUAUCACAGCAUAACAGAUCUUCAAAUGUUUCUAUGAAUGAGUCUGUAUGUCUGUGAUCUUCCAUUGAAAUAUUGAAAUGAUCAUAUUUAUUGUUAUAAAAUAUUA